CUCUCUCUUCUCGAUCUCCCUCUUCUCUCUUGAUCUCCGGCUUCUCUCUUCUAUCUUCUCUAUUGAUCUCCGCCGGAGAACGCGUGAAAGCUAUCAGUCCGAUCCGUAACAGAUGAAGCCAUCCUCCGCCUCAAUCUCAUCGCCUCCUUCUCUGAUCUCGGUUCGACCGCGUCAAUCUCCUCGCCUCCUUCUCUAGCUCGUCUAGGGGAGGUAUGAUGAGGAUUGGAUCGAUCAGACAACAAGAGUCAAAUUUUUAAACUGUUUGGUCUAAACGAUCUUUAAGGCCUUCGUCCAGGUGCUGUGGCUAGGACAUUGUUUCUGUCUUCGCAAGCCCAACCUGAGACCAUUGUAGAGGUAAUUUUCCACUGAGUUAGGGUUAAAUGCUUGUCUGAGAUAUUCUUUAUUGCUCUUGUCUGGAAAGUAGUUGACAGAGGUUUAAAUGUUUGUCUGAGUUAGGUUGUGGUUUAGUGUUCAAUCCGCGUGUGAUGAAAGUAGUUGAUAGAGGGUUUAAUGCUUCGUUUAGUGUUGUAUUAGGAGUGUGAGAUAGGUAAUAAAUAUGUUAGAUUCAUGUCAACUCAUGUAAUAAAUCCAUUCUCUUCUCCUAUUUAAAUCUGAUUCCUUCUAUCUUUAUUUUCAUCUUCUCGAAAGCAUUCUUAUCUUUCUAUUGUCUGCUAACACAUUUCUUCUUUUUUCUCUCUUCUUCGAAAUUUGGCUCUAUGGAUUCAACAAAUCCAUAUACUGAGACCGGCAAUUUUGUUAACCUUCUUACAAGUCAACAAGGUUGUGUCCCUCCUCAAGCCUUUCGUUAUGAUGGUUUCUCGCAUGGUGGGGAGGUCGGAUCACCACAAGUCCCUGUCUAUGGUGAAGAGACACCACCUGAGGGACGAUCGAGGAAGAAAUGGGGUCUCACCGAGGAUGUUGUGCUUAUUAGCGCAUGGUUGAACACCAGCAAGGACCCUGUUGUUGGCAACGAGCAACGGGCUGGUGCUUUCUGGAAGCGGAUAGCUGCUUACUUUGCAGCUAGUCCAAAGGUGCAAGGUGGUGAAAAGCGAGAGUCAAUCCAGUGCAAGCAGAGGUGGCAGAAGAUAAACGAUCUCGUCUCCAAGUUUUCUGGAUCCUAUGAGGCGGCAACAAGACAGAAGACAAGUGGAAUGAAUGAGAACGAUGUAGUUAAGCUGGCACACGAGAUCUUCCACAAUGAUCACAAGUUGAAAUUCAAUCUUCAACAUGCGUGGGAGGAGCUGCGGUUUGACCAGAAAUGGUGUGAAGUAGCUAGUAGUAAGCUUGAUGGAAGCAGGCAGAAACGCAAGUGUGACGAUGGGGCUCAGUCCGAAAGCUCUCACGCAACCCCCAAUGAUGGUGAGCCACGUCCUCCUGGUGUUAAGGCAUCAAAACGAGGCAUUGGUAAGAGAACCAAUGAAGGCCUCAAGGAUGUCUCAGAGAUAAAGAGCUUGUGGGCAAUUAAGGAGAAAGAUUUGGAAGUGAAAGAAAGAUUGUCCAGGAUGGGCCUGCUUGAGACUCUCAUUGCCAAAAAAGAGCCUCUCUCUGACUUUGAAGAAGCUUUAAAGACGAAGCUUCUUUCAGAAAUGUUGGGCGGCUCAGUGUAGGUCUCGUUGUUGCUCUGUUUCAGGCGGCAACACUUACCGAAGGAGUGGAGCAUUGUGGUCUUCUGGUCUUAUGUGUCACGGACGUGGAAAAGCGGAUGCUGUUUUGUUGUUUUCUUGUGUCAGAGCUUGCUCUGUCGUUGUUGGUUUGUUGUGUCACGGAAGUAGCUACUGUUUUCUUGUUUUGUUGUGUCACGGAAGUAGCUACUGUUUUCUUGUUUUGUUGUGUCACGGAAGAAGCUUUGUGAUAUGUUUGUUGUUUUGUAGUCUCAUUGUCUUUAAAAUGAGAUACUCUUUGUGACUUUCGUAAUGAAUGUUUUCAGUUCCCCUCUAUCACAUUUCUACUCUCAGUUUUUUUAAACUUCAGCUCGAGAUAAGUCAAAAAUCAUAUUGCCAAACGAGUGUAUUGUGUAUGUGAGUUGCCAAACGAGAGCUACCAAUACAUUGGUCUUCCUACUUGAUAUUGCCAAACGAGAGCUACCAGAAAUCAUAUUGCCAAAGAGAGCUACCAAGCUCUUUUCUUACAUCAGGUAACAACAUAUCAACAUACGGUAAGAGUGGAUCCAACACAUACAUAUUUACGUAUCAGUUACAUAGCAUUUUGUAUGUGAGUUGUUAUCAAGUAUUAAAGUAUUAAAGCUUAUAAAGUAUUAAAGUAUUAAAGCUUAUAAAGUAUUGAAAUAUUAAAGAAAAUGGCAUUGUGUAUGUGAGUUGUUAUCAAACAUAGCAUUUUGAGAUGUUAUCAAACAUAGUAUUUUGACGCUUCUUUAAAAAUUUAGAGUCAGUCGCAUAUUAAUAUGUUAUGCAAUCAUGCUUGAUAUAAUUUAAAAGUUAUUUAAAUGUUUAUUGGUGCAGGUUAAACGUUCAGUCCAUACGCAUGGCAUCUUCUUCUCGUAAUCAUAAUGAUUCUGAUGAUUUUGAUCAAGCUUUUGAUCAAUAUUUUGAUGAACGUUUUGAUCAAACGAUCGAAAAUCUUGUCGUUGCUUAUAGUGGUCAACAAGAAGAGAGGCGGGAAAGGAAAAAACGUGUUUAUAUCGAAAGAAACCGUGAAGCAGGCCAUACACGUUUAUGGAAUGAUUAUUUCAGUGAUACUCCAACGUAUCCUGAAAAUUUAUUCCGACGACGAUUUAGAAUGAACAAGCGAUUGUUUAUGCACAUUGUUGAUCGACUCUCCAACGAAGUUCAUUUUUUUCGCCAAAAGAAAGAUGGUCUUGGAAGGCUUGGGCUCUCUACACUCCAAAAGUGUACCGCAGCUAUUCGUGUCUUGGCAUAUGGUACUGCGGCUGAUACGGUCGACGAAUACCUCCGGCUCGGUGAAACUACAACUCGGGCGUGUGUGGAAAAGUUUGUCGAAGGAAUAAUAAAUUUAUUCGGUGAAGAGUACCUAAGAAGACCAACACCCGCUGAUCUUCAACGUCUGCUUGAUAUUGGUGAGCAGCGUGGAUUUCCCGGGAUGAUAGGAAGCAUCGAUUGUAUGCAUUGGGAGUGGAAGAAUUGUCCCACCGCAUGGAAAGGGCAAUAUUCUCGUGGUUCGGGUAAACCAACCAUCGUUUUAGAGGCGGUUGCUUCAUAUGAUCUCUGGAUAUGGCAUGCAUUUUUUGGACCUCCAGGUACUUUAAAUGAUAUUAAUGUUCUUGAUCGCUCACCUGUUUUCGAUGACAUAAUAAACGGUCAAGCUCCACAAGUCACUUACUCCGUCAAUGGAAGAGAGUAUCAUUUGGCUUACUAUCUCACCGAUGGGAUUUAUCCGAAAUGGGCAACUUUUAUUCAAUCUAUUCAAAUACCACAAGGUCCGAAAGCAGUUUUAUUUGCUCAACGUCAAGAAGCUGUCCGAAAAGAUGUCGAGCGUGCUUUUGGAGUCUUGCAAGCUCGUUUUGCCAUUGUUAAGAAUCCAGCACUUUUUUGGGAUAAAGUCAAAAUUGGGAAUAUUAUGAGAGCAUGUAUCAUACUCCAUAAUAUGAUAGUAGAAAACGAGCGAGAUGGAUACGCUCAAUUAAAUAUUUUAGAGUUCCAACAAGGAGAAGACGGUGGAAGUUCACAUGUCGAUCUCACGUAUUCUACAGAUAUGCCUUCAAAUAUCGCCAAUAUGAUGGGUGUUCGAACUCGAAUUCGUGAUAAACAAAUGCAUCAACGCCUCAAAGCUGAUUUGGUUGAACAUAUAUGGCUUAAAUCGGGACGUGAUGACGACAACAACUGAGUUCCGAUGCUUCUUUCAAAUAAUUCUCGUUUAUUUUAGUAAUCUUUGUUUUUAUGUUUUUAUUUUAAAUCAUAUAUUGAAAAUGUUAUCUUUUAAUAUGUUUUAUGUAAUAAAUAAAUUUUAUCUUAAAAUAAAAAUUAUAAUUUUUUGUUAAGAACCCUUAAUUAAGAAACUACCAUUGGAGGCAUAAAAUCGAACAGUUUCUUAACUAGAUUUCUUAAGUCCACUAUCUACACUUAUAUCAUUAAAUAAUCAUUAAGGACCUCAUUUGUGUUUCUAUGGAUAAAGAUGCUCUUAAAACCCAAAAGCCAAAACAGAUCCGAGUUAUAAAAAUACUACUAGAAUGUAUUUUAAUAGAAUAGAAUGGUAUUAAAAUACUGGAUUUUGUAUGACUAUUUUCACUUUUUCAAACCAAAGCGAACAAAACAACAUCGUUUAGUUUAACUAUGGUGUUUCAAUUUUUUUUUUUAACUCUGUUCUAUAUUAUGUUAAUUUAUUUAACAGAUGUCUAAUUUGACUUAAUCAACAAAAAUUUAAAGAUUUAAAAUGAAAAUCAAACACAAUGUAAUGUGUUAAGUUGCCAGCACAAAAAUUGUUGAUUUAAAUGAUUGAAGUUUAAAAGUUAAAAGAUUUUUAUCUUUUAUUUCAAAUUUAUUACUCUCUUUCUGUUUCAUAAAUAUAAUUUAUUAUUAUUUACACACAUUAAAAAAGUACGUUAAAUCAUUAUAAUAAAUAUAUUAUUUUCUGUAAUUUUGAAAUUUCAAUAACUUUUAACCAAUAGUAAUUCAAAAAAAUCAAUUAACUUUCUUGAACAUCACAAAUUUUUUUAUAGAAAAUACAAAAAGUUUAUCUAUGUGAAACAAAUUUUUUUUCUAAAACAUCUAGUUUAACGAAAUGGAUGAAGUAAAA